AUGAUAUACGACAUCAACUUCCCAUUGUUCCGUUCCUUCCUCAUCCAGAAGGGAGGCUCCUCUGAUAAGAGGAAAACAGAGGAUAGACCUAAGGAGCAGAAGCCAAAGGCAAAUGAAAACAAACUUGUGAUGAACGAGUAA